CCAACAUUUCUCUCACCGUCCACUACUACUCUCUUUCCCCCAUUCCUCUCAAAUUCUCUCUUUUCCCACUUUCGUCUUCCUCAUCUCUAGCUUUGUUCUCUGCUUCAAUUCACGAAAUCCGCUUGGUACAAUUCUUGCAGCAAUUUGGUCAGUAUUUUAGAAUUGAGCCACCACAGCAACAAAUCCAAUGGUUUUUUUAGCUGAUUUAAUUUUUCUGUUGGGGUCUCUAAAGCAUCCAUGAUUAUGGAUUCACGUUUCACUGAAUUCUCUGAUUCAUUAAAUGGUUUCAAGUUUGACGAUGCUGCUAUUUUACCCAGUUUUUAUCAGUCUCAGAAUCUUACUGAAGGAUUUGAAUUUCAAGAUGGUUCCUCAGAUCUCAGUUUCAGGGUUAUUCCUUCCCUCCCUACCAGUCCAGAUUUUUGUAGUUUCACUCCAUCUUCAAGCGCGAGCUCGGAACUAGAUUCUCCAGAUGAUCAUGAUUCAGAUCCUAUGCUCAAGUAUAUUAACCAGAUACUCUUGGAGGAGAGCAUGGAGGAGAAGCCCAACAUGUUACAUGAUCCUUUGGCUCUACAAGCCACUGAGAAAUCAUUGUAUGAAGCCCUUGGUAAGAAGUACCCUCCCUCGCCAUCGCACAACCAGCCACCCUCAUUGUACAUCAACCAAAAUGUUGAAGGCCAGGAAAUUUUUUUUGGAAGCCACACCGAGUACAGUAUGAACAGCAGUAGUAGUGGUGGUACUUCUAAUGCUUCUCAAUGGAUUGCCGAUCCUGGAGAAUAUAGACUGUCUGUGAGAGAAAAUCAUCCUUUGUAUUCUUUCCAGUCAACUUUGCAGAACAGUUCACAGUGGUCAUUGGGUUCCAUACACAGUUUCAGUGAUAGUGCUGAUAGGCAGGUGGACUCUUCUGCAAGUGCUCAUCUGAUUCCAAAUAUUUUUAGUGACAGAGAGUCUAUCUUGCAGUUCAAGAGAGGGAUGGAUGAAGCUAGCAAAUUCCUUCCUAGGGGUAGUCAAUUAAUUAUAGAUUUGAAUAAGUACAAUUUGCCUCUAGACUCGGAAGACGUGGCUCUGGAGGUAGUGGUCAAGGAAGAGAAGGAUGAGAGGCAUUAUUCAUCUGAUGGCUCGAGGGGAAGGAAGCAUCAUCAUCUGGAGGUUUGUGAUUUAGAAGAGGAGAGGAGUAGCAAGCAAUCAGCGUUUUAUGUGGAAGAGGCUGAGUUAUCAGAGAUGUUUGAUAGAGUUCUGCUCUCCACAGAUGUUACACUGGAGCCUGCGUCUUGUAAUGUUGAUGAGGACUUGUCAAAUAGGCCUGACAAUACCUUGUGUCAGAUUGGACAACCAGAUAGGUCUACUGGUGGAAAGGCUCGUGCUAGGAAACAGGGCAAUAAAAGUGAAGCUGUGGAUCUGAGGACGCUCUUGAUAAGCUGUGCACAAUCUGUUGCUGCUGGUGAUAGCAUAAUUGCUUAUGAACAAUUAAAGCAGAUUAGGAAAAAUUCUUCACCUUCCGGGGAUGCUCAUCAGAGGUUGGCCAAUAUCUUCGCUAUAAGUCUUGAGGCACGCUUGGCUGGCACUGGAAGCCAGCUUUAUGUAGCCCCAGAUUCCAAGAGGAUAUCAGCUGCUGAGAAGUUGAAAGCUUACCAGCUCUAUCUUUCAUGCUGCCCAUACAAGUGGAUCUCAAUUUUCUUCGCUAAUAAAAUGAUUUUGGAUACAUCAUCGAGAGCUUCAACGCUGCACAUUGUAGAUUUUGGUAUCACAUAUGGUUUCCAGUGGCCCAUCCUUAUCCAAGACCUUUCAAACAGGCCUGGUGGACCCCCCAAGCUCCGCAUUACUGGAAUAGAUCUUCCCCAAACCGGUUUCCGGCCUUCGGAUUUACUCGAGGAGACAGGGAAUCGGCUGGCAAAGUAUUGUGAGCGCUUUAAUGUUCCUUUUGAGUAUCAUGCCAUUGUAACAAAGAAAUGGGAGGUGCUCAAAGUUGAGGAUCUGAAGAUUGAGAAGGGUGAGGUGCUUGCUGUGAACUGUUUGUUUCGCUUUAAUCACCUACUUGAUGAGACAGUAGUAGUAGACAGCCCAAGGAAUGCUGUUCUAAAAUUAAUCAGGCAGUUGAAUCCCAAUAUUUUCAUCCAUGCUCUUGUUAGUGGAUCUCACAGUGGUCCCUUCUUUCUCACUAGGUUCCGCGAAGCACUUUUCCAUUUUUCUUCAGUGUUUGAUAUGUUCGAUGCAACUCUAUCCCAUGACAAUCAGAUGAGGUAUACUUUUGAGCAGGUGUUCCUUGGGCAUGAGGCCAUGAAUGUUAUUGCAUGUGAAAGCUCAGAGAGGGUUGAGAGGCCUGAGACAUACAAGCAGUGGCAGAUUCGCAAAAUGAGGGCUGGUUUCAAGCUCCUUCCAUUGAACCAGGAGGUCAUGAAGAAAUUGAGGGAUAAGGUUAGGAAAGGGUACCACAAAGAUUUUGUAUUUGAUCAAGACGGCCAUUGGAUGUUGCAGGGAUGGAAAGGUCGAAUUUGCUGUAGCUAGCUCCUGUUGGGUACCUGCUUAGAAGUACUUGAAAGCAUUUUAUUAGACUGGGAAUGCAGUCGAGGAAAUUCUUCCAGGGGUGUCCUGUCGAUAAUAUAGGAAAAUAAAAGCAAAGAAUACGCUGGAGUAUAACCUGCCUUCUUGCAGAACACCCUCAUGGCUUGGAAGAAAAUAUGUCAUGCAAUAUUGUCACCACUCACCAGCGCCUCUCUAGAUUCAUAUAUUGCAUAAAUAGAUAUGUGGCUGAAUGCCUACUGGUCACGGUGUGAAAAAUCGUCAAGUAACCAUGCUGGACAGUUAUGUGCCUGAUCCUGACUUGCCAUAACAAAGACUGGAUAGUGGUUACAAGCUCAUUGAUGACGCUGUCAUUUCUCCAGCACUGCCUAUUAGUUUCUUGUCCAGAUAUUAUGUUAGUAAAUUAUGUUCUUCCUUAAAUAUUCCGCUUCUGUGAAUAUUAGCAUAGGACUGGAUUUGUCACUUCUGCUUCUUGCUUGUGGAUUUUCCCAUGAGCUAAGUAGUUGCAUCAUUCAGAAGUAUCAAUGGAAGUUGACUUAUAAAGUUUUGUUAUAUUCCAUCUUUGUUUCUUGGUACAGUGUUCAUUAGUAUUAAUGUAAUUUCUUUCCAUAAAAUGGACAGUUGACGCGGAAUUGUUUUAGGUGA